UUUGUUUGAAGUGAUUUGAAUAACGAUCCAUCAAAUGCACAAUGGUUCCUAGAGGAAUAUAAAAUGUGUUUUUCAAUUUAAAAAGGCCUUGUAUCCACUUGCGGUGCAUAAUUUUGUUAUACACGAGCCUUCUUGAUUCGGUUACAAAUACGGCCCAUUUUUCACUAUCACAUUGAAUUACAAAUAUGUCUUUAUAAGCGGGGAUUAUGUGGUUUUGUGGACUAUUUUGAAACGAAUGCCUGUGGAAGUGGUUUUGUGAUUUGAAAAAGGAAUCCGGAGCCGAAAAAUGAGAAACUUCAGUAUAUUCACAGCGCGGUUGGCAACCCUACUGGUGUUGCACACGGGCGGCGCAGGGCUGGCAUCACCCACGGUAGUGACACGGCCUUCAAGUGCACAGUGGCUACCCACAGAUAACCAAACUGUCUAUACGUUACCUCCGGGAGAACUUCAAAGUCUGGAGUUGAACACCACAUCGAUAUCAGCCCCCGUCUACGUCACAGUGAGUCCGUGUACGGCGGACGUACGCUGGGCCCUUUUUAGGGGCCACAUCGGAAAUAUUGAUGAUCAACUGACAUUUGUGAGAGAAUAUAUUGGCCGACAGAUGACAACGAUAUCAAUAAGCGUCUCUCAGAACGAGAGAUACGUAUUACAGCUAUCUUCAGACGCCGGAGGAGCGGCGGCGGUCAGCGUGCGUGGCGAGGCGCCGCGCUCCGUGCGCUUAAGACUACGCGUCCGAUCCCGACGGAGACUGUCUACCAACUGGGACCCUAGUCCGAUAGACCCCCAAACUACGAGCUACUGCAUCGUGGCAUCACAUCGCACGAACUACACAUCACUCUGCGCAGCCCAGUACGACUCUAAACCUGGCACGGAUUGUGGAUUGAACAGGAGAAACAAAACUGAGGAAAACAGAAUUGAAGAUGUCUACAACAUUUAUGAAGGGAAUUUCAAGAGCGUAUACAGACGACGGAAAUUUAGUCGCAGUACAAAGGUGUCGGAUGAAGAUCCGUUGGUGGCCUGCGUUGGGGACAGGACCCAUCAUUUGAUCGAGAACCUGGACCCUAGUACCACAUACUUCGUGAGUGUUUUUGCCGUCGCCCGCGACCGCAGGGCGGGAUCCCUUCUCGCUACGGGCAGCGUCCGACCUAGGACAUCUACAGCGAGGAGGUUACGGGAAAAUACACCUUAUAGAGCAGACAUUAGGGGCAAAAGUGUCUUCUAUUUUAAGGCAUCUGUGGGCUCUCCUCUAUGGCUCUCUGUGGCAACAUGCGGCGGUACAGUGGACGUCGAGGUCCUAGUGAGAGGCAAGCAGUUGUACAUCGCCAGGAAUAUAGAUCGUUACCUCAAGUUCUCCGCGGACGCGUCAGCUUCCAUUCAGGAGACCAGCAGUGAUGAAGGUUCCGUGCAGUUCGACUCGAGUUCGGAAGAGGCUAAGAUGCGAUAUGUAGUCAGGGUACUACCUAGCCGGUGGGACCAAGAGGCUGUUGGGAUUGAGCUGACAGCAUCAACAUCCCGUUGGGGCAUCAUUGAGCCGGAAUUGUCGGACGAAAGUGCUACAGUGCGAGAGCUGAGGCCGAAGCGCACCUGCUCGUCUAUCGACAUCGCCUUCUUACCAGCCACGCACUAUGCCAAUGACGUCAUCAGGUACUGCAUAGUUGCUCGAGAGACGAGCAUUGGAGACAUGUACUCAUGCGCAUCAAAGCGAGCUACGAAAACUUGUGUCAACCGCGUACAACGGCCACCAUCGCGAGUGAUAAAGCAGAAAGUGACCGGACUGAAAACUGGAAGAAAAUACGCCAUACAAGUGACAGCGUCAAGCAAAGGAAUAACUGUGCCAUACAAAACUCUAUACAUCGACUUUUCUUGCGAAGAAGAAGAAGAAGAAAUUAUAAGUACACACAGUAGAUAA